UGCAAGAAAGGACCGAAAUGGAGUUGAAGAUCAAGAAACUUGGGCCAGAAGAAGUAGACAUGUCGGAGCCGGUUAGCCCGACUGGCCAGUAUUUCAGCAUUCCUCCUUCGGUCUGUAUCAUCGCGGUGUUUGAGUUUGAGAAUCCAGUUGAUGACUCGAUCAACUUCGAAGGUUUAAUUAUGGACACCAUUCCCCGCGUCAAUCCUCGAUUCACUUCAAUUAUGGUUGAAGAUGAAAAAGGAGAGAAGUAUUGGAAGCGUGUUGAAUUAAAGGCCGAAGACCAUAUAAUAGUCCCACACUUUCCUGAUGGGUUAUCAACAGAAGCUUAUGAUGACAUUUUUGCUGAUUACAUUUCCGAUACAGGAAUGGAACCAUUCCUAAGCACAAGACCAUUGUGGGAACUCCAUGUAUUUAAGUAUCCUACAAGCAAUGCACCUGGAACUGUCUUUUUCAAGCUUCACCAUGCACUCGGUGAUGGUUACUCUUUAAUGGGCGUCCUUUUGUCCUGUCUACAAAGAGCUGACAAUCCUUCUAUGCCAUUAACAUUUCCCAAAUUCCGAUUAUCACCCAAACCUAAUAUUGGCUUGAAGAGCUUAAUCUAUAAUGUCACACAGGUUUUAAAUGGUUUGCAAAACACGGUUUUGGAUUUCUCUAUGAGUAUCCUAAAGAAUACUUUCUUUGAAGAUCCUCAAACACCAAUACGACAUGGGAAAGAGGGGGUGGAAUUCCAACCAAUCAAUGUAACAACUAUGACAUUCUCGCUGGAUCAAGUUAAGAAAAUUAAGGACAGGCUUGAAGUGACGCUAAAUGAUGUAAUUGCUGGAGUGGUCUUCCUUGGAACUAGAUUAUAUAUGGAAUCAACAACUAGUGAGUCGGGUAAUUCAAGUUCCACGUCGUUGGUGUUGCUUAAUACUAGAUCAAUUGACGGAUACAAAUCGGUAGAGGAAAUGCUCCACAACCCCGAUACUCAACAUCUGUGGGGAAACCAAUUUGGUUUCAUUCAGGUCUCCAUUCCUAAACUAUACAAAUCAGAUCAUACAUUCAAUCCACUAAAAUUUGUUUAUGAAGUCCAUGCAACUGUUAAAAGAAACAGAAAUUCGUGGGCAAUUCAUCUAACUGGAAUGUUACUAGAAUGCCUUCGAAAAUAUCGUGGCACACAGGUUGCAGCUAAAUUUCUUCAUCGCAUACAAAAGAAUGCAAGCAUGGGGUUGACAAAUAUGAUGGGGCCAGUUGAAAAAAUGGCUGCUAGCAAUCAACCGAUUAAAGGUCUUUACGUCAUGAUAUUCAAUGUUCCACAGAGUUAUAAAGUAACAGUAAUGAGUUACAUGAACCAGUUGAGGGUUGUUCUAGGUACUGAGAAAGGCGUCAUUGAUCCUCAGAAGCUAAAGAAAUGCAUUCUACAGGCUUAUGAUAUGAUAAAUAAGGCAUCACUAUAAUCUAAAUGACAUGAAAUUCAUAAUGUAAUAAGAUAUAAGGUUAAUACUUCGAACAAAAUAAUAUUUCACUCUAAAGAUUCCGACCA